CCACACUGAAUCGUGAAUCGAUCCCCAAUUCUCUUACAGAGCCAACCCCCCUAAGAAGAUAGUUUAAGAAAAAAUAUCAAGGGUUUUCUCAGUAACCACGAUUCCAAAGCCAAAUGUCUUUUUGAUCGAAAUUAGGGCUUUUGUUUUUGUUGAAUUCCUCCUUUCAGUCCAAAACUCGUACACUCUCUUCUCUUUCACUGAAGUCAGUCGCAAAAGAGCCCGAAACAUGACGGACGGGUACUGGAAUCGGCAGCAGCAUCCUCUUCUGUCCUCCGGUGGCGGUGGCAAUCUAAAACGACCUCGUACCGAAUACGAUCUCCCAACAUCAGGCCUGCCUUCAAGCCACGAGAUUCAUAACUACUAUCCAAGAGAUGAUGAACGCAGUAGGUAUCAGGCUGUGAAGGAUACAAAGACAAUUGGAUCAGCAUAUGACCGCUAUCUGCAAAAUGCACAAAUGGCCUCUUUUUCUUCUGGAGAACCUAGUGGGUUAAGCGUUGGGUUGGGAAGGGCUGGUGGUGGUGGGAUUACCGGUCUUCCAAUACUUGAUUCUGGUAUGACAGGCCGUCCUCGGGCUAGUAUUCCUGAUCUGGCACCAAAUGGACGAGACAUUGGUUUUGGUAGUCAAUCCUCAUUGGAUGCAAUAUCUAGGCCUGUUCGUGAAACUGUACCUCUACCUCCAGAUGCUUCCAGCACUCUAUAUGUCGAGGGACUCCCUCCAGACAGCACAAGGAGGGAAGUAGCUCAUAUCUUUCGCCCUUUCGUGGGAUAUAAGGAAGCGCGACUUGUGAGCAAAGAAUCUAAGCAUCGUGGUGGAGAUCCUAUUAUCCUCUGUUUUGUUGACUUUGAAAAUCCAGCCUGUGCAGCAACUGCUAUGAGCGCUUUACAAGGUUAUAAAAUGGAUGAACAUGACCGUGAAUCUAGUUUCUUGAGGCUACAAUUUUCUCGGUACCCUGGUCCAAGAUCUGGCUCUGGAAGUCGUGGAAAGAGGUGAACAAACUUUUGUUGAAGAAUGAAGAUAGUGAUCAUGAAUGUGAAACAAUUGUCUAUUUUCUAAUUUAUUCCCCCUUUUGAGGUCUGCAUUUUUUCUUUUAGCAAUACAUCUCUCCACAACUUGCAAUUUGAAUUACUUGAUCAUGGCAACACUAAUUGUUUAGUACUUUAGAUCAACAUAGUAGUGAAUGGGAAAUUUCAAAGAUUAAUUAUGUAAACAAACAAAGAGAGACUUUUUAGAUUUUUUACUAGAGAUGAACCUGUAGUUCUUUCUUGGAGCAGAAAAAGUGUUGUAAGAUAAUCGUUAGAUGCUGAGCCUCUUCUGAUUUUUCGUUCAUUUGUAAUCUGAUGUUUGGAAUGUGUGAAUCUGAAAUGCUACUAAAUUUAUAAUCAAGAAAUCAUUGUGUUUUUCA